GCGAAGAGUCUUGUUUUUUUGUGACAGUCAGGCAGUCGGAGAAAUGAUGAAUAGCGGUCUGGCAUUGUGAUAUUCGAUUCUACUUUUUAUUGAAAAUGGAAUUGAACGGUAUACUGCUAUGGAUUGCAUACUUUUGUUUAUUUAUAUUUGUAUUAUGGAUAUUUGGCAGAAUCAUUGUUUGGUGCGUUGCAAAGUUCAUGCGAGUUUGGUUCAAAAUUGACAUUGUUGUUGCUUCAGUUGGAAUUUUUUGUGCCAAUGGAAUUUCUGUUCGCGUCAAUGAUUUACAGUCACUGGAAAUUGACAAAGUUUCUCUAAAGUUGAAACCAAAAUCAAGUCCUGCUGUAUCCCUCCAUUUUGGUGAUGUACGUAUACGUGCUGAGAGAAAUCUUUCUGGUACCGUACCAGUUAAACAACAGCCGAUUGUGAAAAAGAAUAGUAUUCCAAAUAGCUUGAAGAUUAUGCAAUGGUUUGCAAGGCAUAUUUCUCUCAAUAUUGAUGCUUUGAAUAUUAUGGUAUUGAAUGCCUUCAUUCCGGAAUCUCUUCUUCAUUUAGAUGUUUCACAAGUCAGCAUUUCAGGUGGAAACAAAGAUGUUGUUCAAAAGGGUGUUGCUGACAGUCUCACAAAGAAUCAUGGACAUAGAGUUCAUGAAGAAAUGACAAAUAAAAGUUCUGAUAUAACCAGUCUGGGUCUUAUGUUGUCUGUUGGUGAAAUCAGAGGAAAAAUUCUUAAAAGUAAUAAAUCAGGGUCUACAGGAACGACUUGCAUCGUUGAAGUGACAUCUUCAUUGAAAAUUGGUUUGGUUGCUUCUUCACUUCGACCUAAUUUGAGGCUCGAGUAUGUCGGAGUUGAUUUUGAUAAAUUAGCUGUUGAACUUCACAGCAGUGCUUUCAUUCCCGGUCUUCUUUUACCUCGACCUACCAAUACAACGAAUGUGAAUGAUUUGUUGGAUAUCACCAGACGUACAGCAAGGAAACCAUCAGUGCCUUUGCGACAGUCAGGACCUAUACGUACUGCAUUGAUGCUACCAAUGCUUACUCAAUGUCGCUUGAGUAAUUUAGAUAUAUUAUUAUUUGGAGAUUCUCCGCCAUUAGCUGGUAUAAUGUCAGACUCUCAUUCUACUGCUGAGAGAGUUCUUCAUUUUUCUGUAUCUGCUGCUACAUUCAGUCAACGUAAAGAUCCUGAUCGAAUGGUCACUGUGUCCACUGCUGGAUUUGCUAAUUCACAAGUUAAUGAUGAAGUUAUUGAAUUGCCAACAGGUUACAUCAGAGCAAAAAUAGAAGAUUUCAAUGUUACAAAUCUAAGCAAAAUGAAGAUGAUUACAAUGAGUAGAAUAUCUGCUGAAAUAAAAAUGACGUCAAACUGUGUAUUGUCAUCUUCACUCGAUUUUACACUGUGUUAUAUACAUUAUAUUCAUAAGGAACUUGCGUACUGGACAGAAUUAUUCAAACAUAAAGUAUCAAAUAUAAAACGGGAUCGACCGCAUGUUACAUUUGCGGACUCAUUACCACCAUGUAGAGAAAGUUUUGGAAGACCGCCACCAGCAAGAAAAAUUCAAGCCAGUACAAUCAACAGUUCAAAGGGAGAAGGAUCAAGUACAAAAGAAAUACCACCACAGAGAUCAUUUGUGCCAAGUCAUAAACGUACUAGAAGUGCUCCGAAUAAUUUUUAUCAUGCUGAUGAAUACUAUUAUGCUUCAACCGGAACUACAACUCGCCGUCCAGAGUUAGCUGUACCAAAAGAUCUUACUUCCUUGGUACAAGUUCUGAAUGCUUUAGGAAUAAGCACUGUGUGUGAAUUUACUUUUUAUGAAGCUGUGAUUGAUGCUACAUUGCCCAAACCAAUAUCUUCCAGUCCUGAUAAAACAUGUGGAUUUUCUUUUGGUUUUGACUGUGUUACCAUGAGUGUAGACCACAGUGCUAAUUCUCAAGAUAUUAAUUUUAUGAUGAAACUCGACAGAAUAUGCUGGAAGCCAAAGAAUAAUUCUUUCAAAGAGUCCUCAGUAUUUCUAGAUUCUUCUCAAAAUGUAGAUACAAGAUGGAAUUCAUUAGAAGCCACACCAUAUCACAAAACCGAUGUUCACGAUUGGGGAACAGCAUUCAGCCUUGAUACAUUACGACUCCAUGGACAAGCAACAUUUGGUCCUGCUAUUGGAUCGGCAGGAAUUAACAAUGAAAAAACUUCACAAAAUGCUGGAUCUUUCUGGCCAAGACAACAUGUUGCAAUAUCUGUUGAUGCAAAAGCUGCCGGAACUCAGAUUGAAUUAUCUCAAACUGCAGCACAGUGCAUUGCUUGUAUAUUAUCUUGUGUUAAUAACUCAUCUAAUGAUGAAACAAAAUUUAAUAAAACAUCUAUGCUGAGACAAACUUCAUUGGCAACUUCAAGUGUGAGAUCUGAUCCACACAAAUUAACGAAACUUGAAAAAUAUUCAUUUUCAUUGGCAUUUGCUGAAGUGGAAGUGUCACACAUUAAUAUGUUUAUACUUCCAUCUGAUACAACUGGAUGCGUCGACUGUUUAAUCAUGAGAAUUGAUAGUUUGAGAACAGAAGUAAAUCUAAAGGAUCGAAGAUUAAACAUUGAAGGUGUUGGGGUAUCAACUGUACCCAAUCCAUACUUUUCUGCUUUCGCAUCUUAUGAAUCUGGUUAUAGCGAUCAAAAAGGAUCAAAAUUAAGACCUGUACCAUUGAGUGUUCGACAACAGCAGACAAAAGUAUCACAAUAUCAAUGUAUUUCUGUGAAUGACAUGCAACCUUUGCAUGCUGCUUUCAAUGCUAUUGAUCUUGAAUAUAAAGUUAUCGAACGUGAAGAACCUGAAGAUGAACAACCUUCUUCCAUACAAUCUCUUUCCAUUUCUCUCAACCAUGAUCGUGAUGUCACAAUAUCAUGGAGUCCAAAACUUCAUAUGUUGAUCCACCAUGAAUUGGUUGAAAUGUUUCACAUCCUGAAACAAUCUGUUGUCUCUUCACCAAGAAGAGUAAAAAUUAAUCCGGGUGAUGGAUUACCGAAAACUGGUAAUAUGUCACCCCAGCAUAAAAAACAAGCAAGAAACAGCUAUUGUGCACCAUCUGAUCUUGAAUCUUCCAAAUCUAAAAUGUCUUCUGCUGGAGAUGGUCCUUCUGUAUCAAAUAUUCCUGUAAAGAAUUCUUCAAAACAAAUAACGAUAACUUCAAAUUCAAGAAUAUGUCUCAAUUUGGCAUUGAAAGAUGAUAUGAAUGUAGAGUUUAUAUUCAAUCCUAUAAGAUACACUGAACUACAUAAUGUUUCUAAGAUAUUGUUUAGCAAAGCACAAGUAUUGAUGGACGGACAUACUAUAUUUAGUUUCAUGAAUGUUAGAAUCGAAUUGUCUGCCAGAAAUGAGAAGAUUCAACGAGACAGAGCAACUUUCAAUGAUUUGACAACAGAAUGUAAUCGUGCAUGGGCAUUCAACCUGUCACAUUGGUCUUGUCAUUUCCCCCAUGGGUAUGAUUUUGCUGCAACUUUUGAUCAGUUUGUUACAACAUUCAAAUGGGUCAAAGGAUUAUAUAGGAAAACAUCACAUCCGUUCAGGAGUCCAAAACUACCACCUGAUUUAUUGAUUGUGAUUGAUAAGUUCAUUUUUGAUAUUGCUGAUUGGGAUUUUGAAUGUCGUCUUCGAGAUAAUCAUGAAUUGAUGAAAGAUGAAUGGAGAGAAAGUGAAAAAAGAAGAAAAAUUCUGGAUCAAAGAGUCACUGAUCUUAGGCGGGAAAGAGGAGAGUUUUUGCCUGCUAAAAAGAUUGAAGAAUUAUAUAUCAAGUUGGAAGAGGAAAAUACAAGAAUCUAUGUUGAUCGAUGCAAGAAGUUGCAUACAUCUAAAGAACCAACGAUUAUAGAUUCACCAUCCUGGAAGACACAUUCUAGAUCUUGUUCAGUUCCUCUUCAGUUUCCCUCUUCUCCUGUAAAUCAUUCUUAUGAACCUAAUCUUUCCCCGGUUUUCGAAGAAGAAUUUUCAGUUGCCACACCGUCUCAAAUCAGGUCCAGUUCUUUUUCUUUCGGAGUUACAUCUGAAAAGAACGUCGAUUCAAGUUCAAGGCUCUAUCCUCCUCUAUUCACUUGGUCCAUCUCAUCAUUAACAUUUUCAGUUCUCGCUGACCAGUCAAUGCAUGGGAUGGAUAAUGCAGUUGAAACGAUUAAAAAUAUUGACAAAGUGUCUCCUUUUCCACAAAUGAAAACUGAAGAUUCAGAUGGGUAUGAUUUUGUAACUCUGUGGUGUCGAAGUAUUCGUCUUCAUGCUGGCAGACAUCAAUGCAGAAUAAGAAAUUAUCCUCAAUAUUUGAUGGAUGUUGGUGAAUGGAAAAUAUGGGGAAAGUUUUGUGGAGCUGAACAAAAGGGAUCUCCAACAGCUCAGAGAACGGAGUAUGUUCCACUUCCUCAACCAUGGGGACCAGGGAAGGUGAAUCGAAACAUGCCUGCAUUAAAAUUUUAUUAUGAUUGGAGUAGUGACGUUCAAUCAUUCAGUAUGGCAUGGGGACCAUGUUGGGACCCUGCAUGGUCACAGGUGAAUCUUGCGAUAAACCUUCUCAAUCAUCCAUCAGUUGAUCCAAGUAAUCCAUUAUCUUGGUGGGACAAAUCAAGGAUUAUAUUUCAUGGCAGGUUGAUGAUGUCUAUGGACAGGUCGAGUUUACUUCAGCUUGCAUCUCUUGAUCCAUAUAAUACAACUGAACAUAUGCAUUGGGAUUGGAAAUCAGUGUUGAUGGAUUGGACAAAUGGAAACUUCUUGUUCAAGGGUGAUUUAGACAUCCAUAUCCGAAAUGCAUCAAAAUAUGAUGAUAUUAGGUUUCUUCAUCUACCUGGUCUACGCAUGGAAUGGGAUAUUACUUGGUUAUGUAAGGAGGGGGUAAAUCCAGAUGAUCAUCAUUCAGUUGAACCCUGCGCUCCAGAUAAAGUUCCAGGAGACAUCACACAACAUGAUUCAUUUGCAAAUUUUCGAUCAGAGAAUAUCAAUUUGUCAGUCAGUUUGGAAGUUAAUCCUUCGAAGUCAAUUGCAGAUGAAGAUAACAGAAACCCAGAAAUAUUAUUUUAUAGUACAACUUUAAGGUGGUUACGAAAUUUUGCUACUGCAAUCAAUGGGGUCACAAGACCUGUAUGUAAAGGUGCAAUAUUCAACAAUCAUUCAGCACCUAAAUUGAAAUUAAGUCGUCAUUACAAGAACAAUACUUUGUCUUUCAAGUUUCCAAGUUUAAAGAUGAGGUACUGGUCAUCUUAUGCACAACAGCUAGGUAUAGAAUGGAAAUGUGGUGAAGGAAGCAUAGUGACAAAAUUUCAACUAACUUUGGUACCAUUCGAAGGAAUUCUUUUACGUAGAAGUGCUGGCAAUUGGUCUUUAGUACAAGCAACUUGCGAACUAUCUCAAACUAAGGUUUACCUGAUAAAACAAACACGUAAAACUACUUCUCAAGAAACUCAAGACAAUAUUGAUGAAAUAUCACAAUUAUCAUCAUCGUCAUCAUCUGUGGCAUCGAAUCAUGAACAAACAGCUUCAACACAACUUGGAACUCUUGAGUCCAAUUUUCUCCUUAGUUUGUCUCAUAUGGCUUACAGAUUGGAAAAUAAUUCUCAGUCACAGAAAUCAACAAGAUCAUCUGCUAAUGCACAAUCUUCAUCUAAUAUUCCUCCAACUCCGAUGCGAGAGCACAGAAGUAAUUUUCAAAGAGAUAAAAGACAAAGAACAAGUCAGAGAAAUCGACGUCAGCAAGCGACACCAAGAAAACCUCCAUCACAACAUAGGCACCACCUUGUUGUUCAUGAUCUUCGUGCAAUGUGGACAACAGAUAACAGAGAUGUUGGAUUCGGAUUAUAUGAAGGAUAUAAUAAAGCUGCAAUAUUGAAACAUAAUCUCAGCACAAAAGUAUUGAAGAAUAUAUUGCUGAAACCUAAUGAGGAUGGUGCAGAAGACACAACAGAUGGAAGUAGAUCUAGCAGUGCAUCGAGUUUUCGAUCACAGAGGUCAAGUGUUUCAACAUCAUACAGUGAAUACUCUGUUCAUCCUCCUGUCAGCCCAGGAGAAAAACUUAUGCAAUCUGCUAAUUUACUUCUUAAUAAAUUGUUGUCUGAUACUGAUAACAGAUUUGUUGUUGGGACUGAAGUACCAGGAUCUGAUAAAGAACAAUUGAAUGGUGUUUCGGCAUGUCAGAUGGAUGAUGUCAUGAAUCAAAACUGGAGAAUCAAGUUCUUCAACUGCCAAGCUAUGUUAAAAGGACCAAAAACUCAAGGGUACAUAAUAUUAACUGCUGCGGAAGCCGAUUUAAUAAAUCGUGAACACAAAAUAGCAUGGAGAGAUUCACAACUAACAUCAAAAUCAACAUGGAUGGGUUCAUUAAAUGAUAUGCAGAUAUUUGCCACUGUUGAAAGAAAUGUUCAUUCAUCAGGGCAAGAUGGAGAAAAUGUGCCGUGGUUAACAGCAACCAAUAUUGAACCACGAGGACCAAGUCCUGGUAUGUUGGAUAUCAGUGAUCUAAUGACUGGAGGUCAAGCUAUUGGUGGAGUAGUAGGAGAUGGAGUAUCAGCAGGUUCCUUUCAACUGCAGCGAAUCAUGUCUCGAUGUUCAUGUCGAAUGUAUUACAUUGGUUAUGAACUAAUUGUUGAUUCUGAGGAAACCGAUUAUGGUCAGUUACUCACAUCACCUUCGCAUGAUCAUUCGUAUCAAAGGUUGCCAGAAUUUGAUCCAAUUUCUGAAGAAUCUAGUGAUUUAUUGGGAAAAGAAAAACCAGUCAAUACAUUAACUGUUGUUCAACAUGAUUUGGAAAUCUGCACAAAUAAUACACAAUAUUCCAUGAUUCUUGAUAUUGUUGAGAAUCUUCUCCUGUACGUUGAACCAGGAAUGAGAGAACAUUGGGAACGAGUUGAUAGAAUGAGAUUUCAACUUCAAUUAACUUCUCUGGAUGAUGUAGCAAGACACAGAGAAGCUUUGACAAAAUUACAAGAUGAGAUUCGACAAAGACUUAAUCACAUUAGACAAUUGGAAAGAGAUUUGUUUAAAGUCGACAGGCUUGUAGACAAAGAUCCUUCUAACGAGAAAUUGAUAUCACAGUCGGUUCAUUUACGUAAUACAUUGAUCAAUGAAAAGGAGACAUUAAAAGAAGAUAGUGAAGAACUAGGCAUUUUCAUCAGGUGCUUCAAGGAAUUGUACCUACAACAAAAGACACGAUUAUCAUCUGUACAGCAAGCAUCUGAGCAUGAAGAAAAAUGGGACGAAGAAGCUGCUGUUGCUAGAAGGACUGAAGUGUCAUUUGGUCAAGUGAAAUGGCAUUUGACGGAUGCUGAUGGUCAACUGACAAUUGCAAAGUUUGAGUUGAGGAACUUCGUGUAUGAAAAGAUCAACAAGAGCGACGAUUCCCUUGAACAUCAUUUUGAACUUGGAUGGCUUUGGUUGCAAAAUCUUCUUCCUAAUUCUGUCUAUGUCGAUGUUUUGAAACCACAAGGUGAUCAAGCAGGUGCAAACUCAUACACAGUAGUAGGAAGUGGAAGCCAACGUCUCGCAUUAAGAGCAUUGUGUAAAGUCAGACCGCCUGUCGGUGGCAUAUCUGUAAAAGAACAUCUUGAGCUGAAUGUUGUACCACUGAUCAUUCAAUUAACGGACCAAUUUUUCAAGCGAAUGAUGUUGUUUUUCUUCCCGGGGAAAAAUUCUGAAGAUGUUGAUCAAGAAGAUCACACUGCAUCAAAAGAUAAUUUGAAUGCAACUCUGCUGGGUUUAAGUAGUUCAGCCACAAAUUCACAAGGAACUUUAAAACCAAAAGUACCUUCUCCACCAAAGAAAAAGAGUUCUAACGAACUUGUUAUAUCUUUUAAAGAACAAACAACUCCAGGAGCUGGGCGUAAAAAUUGGAGACAUAAUCAUGGAGGGAAAUUUGAUGUUGCAGACGAUGUCGAUAAAAUGAAAGAAAGAGCAGCAAAAAACAAUACUUUUCUUUACAUAAAAAUUCCGCAAUUUCCAAUAAGAGUUAGUUAUAAGGGAGAGAAAGAAAAGAACAUAGAAGAUGUUCGUGACUUCAAUCUCACUAUUCCUAUGUUUGUAUAUCACAAUAUGACAUGGACAUGGCAUGAUCUUGCUAUGGCAAUCAAACGAGAUUGCAAGAGGACUUUAUUAUCUCAGGUAAUCAAGGAGAAGUUUCAUCUUGGUAGUUCCAGGGGUUCACACAAAGAACAACAAUUGUCUUCUGGAGCAUCAAGCAGAAGUUCUUCUUCUCUUCCUGCUGCUGGAAUGGAGGCAGAUGUAGGAGAUCACAAAAAGGAUGAAGAAAAAUUUAAAAUGCUUUUUGGAAAUAGUUUAAAAAGAAGUGAGAGUCACAGAAAAAGCUUUAAAAAGGGAGUCUCAAUGUUCAGAAAGAAAAAAUAAUUCUAUUAUUUGUUAUAUAUAUAAAAAAAUAUAUCAAAACAAGUGUAUUUAUUUGCCAAAUGCAGUUCAUGUAUGUUAUAUAUAUUCACUAAAACAUUAAGGUAGGUAGAUAAAUAUAUUAUAUCAUGGUAAUUCCUCUGGCUUUGUUCGUUUUUUGAGUAUUAAUACAUUUGCGGUAAUGUGAGAGAGGAAUAUUUCUAGAUUGUUGGCACUGUGUUCCUUUUUUGCUAUUGUAUAUGUUUGCAUGGCUCAUGUGUUUACUUUGAAAUAGCAAUUAAUGCUUUGGUAUUUUUAAUUUUCACUUUGUAUACCUUAAUUGUUUUAAUCUCACUACAAUCAGUCCGAAUACAGAUAAAUUAUGAUAAAAAUGCAAUAAAAAAUCCAUUUUA